GCACAGAAGCCGACAGACGAGCGAGUGACAGAGAAACAACAGACGAACGAGUGGAGGGGAGCGCUAGAGCAAGAGAAAGAGGAAGAGAGAAAAAAAGAAGUGAUAGUGAAGUGAAGACGUGAAAAGGAAGAGUUUGGAACGAGUGAUAGAGUUUGGAGCUGUUAAACGAAUGGAAGAGGGAAGAUGAGAGAACGAGUGAAACAGUGACUGUGUAAGCAAGAGAGAGAGGGAGAGAGAGAGAACACUGUGGUUUCCGUGGCUACGCGAGGGUUCUAUGGAGCGCUGGACAUUCCAGGAUGGAACUCUACUGUCUUCUACUCAGCCUGAUGGCUAGUGCUCUACUACAAGAGGUUAGCGGUGUCCUGAACGUGACGGUGGUGCCCUGGCCGGUGGUGACGGUGUCCGAGGGCUCCAACGUGACGCUACGCUGCCGCGUGAUAGGCCGCUGGCGGUCGGGGGCGGGGCAGGAAGAGGCGGAGUCAGAGGCGGAACCAGGAAGUCUGCCGGUGGUGCGAUGGAUGUUCGUACCGGAACACGGAGGCGACGAGACACUGGUGGCCAAGGUGAACCUACGGCGUGCCAAGUUCUAUGGAAACUACACCAAGAGCUUCAGUGCCCCCAAGCUGCGGCUCAAGGUGCUGCAGCAAGGGACGGUGUAUGAGCUAAUGCUAGUUAGCGCAAAUGCUAACGACAGGGGAACGUACGUCUGCAGAGCGCAGGAGUUCACACGGCACCGAGAACGCUGGAGACAAACAGCUCACAACAGCUCAGCUGCAACACAACUAAGAGUCAAAGUAAGACCUCGUAGCGGGUGCAAGAUCAAUUUGGUAGAAGAAGACGUGUACCUGUGUGCGGUGCUGAUCUGCUCGGUUGGGCUGGUGUGUGUGUGUUUGUUCACCACGGUGGUCUGCUGCCAAUAUCUGCAGAGGAAGAGGAGGCGAAAAGAAAACUACCAUCUGGUCAGAAGCCCACAGAGCAGUUCCGGAGAGACAGUGUUGAGCAUCAUCAGUCCGUCUCCUGCUCUGCCGAAGAAAGAGAGAAAAUACAAGAGCCGAAAACACACACACACACACCCGGACACACCGCCCGAGAUACCAGCUAAAGCUCCUAUAGGAGAGAAGAUCCGAAAGCCGAAACUCAUCAAAGCUCUGCCCACAAACCUGCUACUGCCAAUCGUAGAGGAGUCUCUGACGUAUGCGGAACUCGAGCUGGUCAAGCAGGCCACGCCCACCAUACAAGCCACUCCCACCAAGCCAACAUCACCCACUGUCUACGCACAGAUCCUCUUCACGGACGAACCUGUCUGACAAA